GAGAGAGAAGCUUUGAGUGGGAUGGAAUUGAGCUUUUGUGAUCCAGAUGUUGUUGUGAGGAGCAGCAGAGGAGUUGAGUUGUCGUUGUGCGCUUGGCUGCGGGCUCGUCGCAAACCGGUGGCGAACUCGUCUUUGUUUGGUUUUGGGGUGAGCAUCAUGGUUGCCGGGCAGAGGCGUUUGGGUCUGCUGCUACACAACUUGAAGUCGGCGUCGUCUGUGGAGGUCAACAAGUGCGGGAGCAAACAAGUGCCGGAACCGAGCGCCAAGCGCAGCAAAGCGUUGGUCUCCAGGGUGACGUCACUGGCCGGCCUCCUGCCCAUCAAGACGGCGCCGCUCAAAAGGUUCGGCCAGACGCUGCAGCGUUCCAUCAGCUUCCGAAGGGAGCGAGGGCUUCCUCCUCCGCCGUCGCCUCCGCCUCCUCCUCGGCCUCCUGCCCCCUCCUCCUCCUCUUCCAUGAAGAUGCGAGUGACCUCAGUAGCCAUGUCCAACUCCUCCUCCUCUACUACUACUUCUUCUUCUUCUUCUUCCUCCUCUGGCUCCACGACGUCCAGAGUUGCCGCAGCGACCGGCCCGGCCGCCAAGCGCCGCGACAGCAAACUCUGGAGCGAGACCUUCGAUGUCCACUUGGGGGCCGCGCAAACGCUCAGCCCCAAAGACAUCAAACGGCAAGAGGCGAUUUUUGAAUUGGCUCAGGGCGAGCAAGAUCUGGUGGAGGAUCUCAAAUUGGCAAAAAAGGCGUACCACGACCCCAUGCUGAAGCUGUCCAUCAUGACUGAGCGAGAACUGAACCAGAUCUUCGGUACCCUGGACUCACUGAUCCCCCUUCAUGAAGAGCUGCUGAGUCGGCUCUGCGAGGCCAGGAAACCGGACGGGUCCACAGAACACGUCGGACAGAUCCUGACCGGCUGGCUGCCCUGUCUGUCAUCGUACACGGCGUACUGCAGCAACCAGGUUUGGGCCAAGGCCCUGCUGGACCAGAAGAAGCUGGACCGUCGGGUGCAGGACUUCCUGCAGCGCUGCCAGCAGUCGCCCUUCAGCAGGAAGUUGGACCUGUGGAACUUCCUGGACAUCCCGCGCAGCCGACUGGUCAAAUACCCGCUGCUGCUCCGGGAGAUACUCAAGCACACACCCGAGCACCACCCAGACCGGCCGCACCUGGACCAAGGGAUGCUGCUGGUCCAGGGCGUGGUGGCCGACAUCAACAGGCGCACGGGAGAGUCCGAGUGUCAGUUCUAUAAGGACCGGCUGCUCUACGCCGAGGUGGGCCACAGGGACGCCCUCAUCCAACGCUCGCGGACGCUCAGUUGCCACGGCGAGCUCAAAAACAACCGGGGACUGAAGCUCCACGUGUUCCUGUUCCAGGACGUGCUGGUCAUCACACGCUCCGUCUCGCUUAACGAGCAGCCCGUCAGCUACCAGCUGUGCCGGCGACCAAUCCCCAUCUGUCAGCUGGACCUAGAGGACGUCUCGGACGGCGAGAUGAGAGUGGGCGGCUCCAUCCGGGGAGCUUUCAGCAACAACGAGCGCACAAAAAACUUCUUCCGCGUGUCGUACCGGGUUUCGGGUGGCGCUCCGCAGAGUCACUGCUUCCAAGCCAGCGACGCCUUCAACAAGCAGCAGUGGAUCAACUGCAUCCGCCAGGCCAAAGAGGCAGCGGAGGCGGAAGCGGCACAGGAAAAUGGACCGUGUUUGGCAAAAGACAUCAGGAAGGAGCUGGAGACGGAGCUGGAACCAGAGUUGGUGAUGGAGUCAGAAUCGGAGCCGGAGGACGACAAAAGGCUGUGCGAGCAAGGUGAGAACAGGACGGCAAGGAAAGCGGACACGGGAAGUGAUGCCGCUGUGGCCAUGGAGACGGAACAGGCCGAAUUGAGGAUGGAAAUGGAGGACGACGUCGGUGAGACACGCAAUGGGGAUGCUGAGGAGGAAAUGGAGGCGUUCAACAAGGACGCCAGUGACGAAGAGAACAUACGAUGCUGAUGUUUGCACUUCACAAACUACCAGAAAGGUCUGGGUAAAUGUAUGGUCACCAUGGUAACCAGGGACAACAAAUACCAAAGAGACUUUCACCAAACCCACUGGCUGCAGUCACUUUAAAAGCUUGGAAAAGCCGAACCCCCCUGUAGCUGUUCUGUCUAACAGAAAUUUCUGCUUUAAGAUGUCGUAUCCUGUGUGUAAAGGCUUUUUCACACCACACUUGGUUUUCUUUGUGUUCAAGGACAACGGAGCCCCGGUGACUGCUUGCCUAUAUUUGGUAGUCCUUGCGUGGCAGCCAAUCAGGAAGAAACAGGGAGACGUUUACCACUUGUUGAUUGUGAAAUCAAUCCACCAGCGACAACAUGCUGCGUGUUACUAAGUGCAGCGUGAAAAGGGGAGCUCAAGUCAAAAAAUUUCUUUCCCAUAAUUCUGUUUGCCCUCAUUUAUGCAAACAGGCUAUUUUUAUCCAGAACCACCGUUACAUAAAUGUUAAUCUGCCUUUGGGCUCGCAUUGGAUACGGAUCACCCGUUGUCUAGGUCACAUGACAUUUGCAAUGCGAGCCCGGAGGCGCAUUGCUGUCAAUAUCCCUUCGCCAGCACGGGGCAGUGUUGGAUUUAAUGUCAGCGGGUUUAGACGAGUGGGGGCACACAGAACAUUGUGCAAAGGAAAUGUUUGACUUGAGUUUAACAUCCAACACUCACUUCUCUUCUCUGGAUUCUAUGUGAAAGGCACAUAUGGUUCAAUUUCACAUGUACUGUCCCUGACUCAGAUUCGCUAAUUUUUGUGAUGUCUCUGUGGGAAAUGGGCUCAUCAUCAAAAAAAAACAAAAAACAACACCUCAGUGAUUUUAACAUUGUCUAUGACACUCACUGCAAUAAUGUAUUUAUUACUAUUCAGAACUGAGAGGAAUAACAAUAUAUGUCUGCCCUUUGACAGCUUCUUGUCACUCUGCCAAAUCGAUGCUGCCACAAGGCAAGUCAAAAUCGGCUACGAGACACUAUGUUUGUCUGUCGGCUCAAAAUCAGGCUAAGUCCCCGUAGUCUGACGUCGGCAUGUGGGGAUUAAUCGCCGGUCAUACAUAAUAUAUUGCCCCCAUGCUCUUAUGUUGUCAUCCUAUGAUGUCACCGUGUUGUCAAAAUGAGUUUGACGAAAGGGGCAUAUUACUCCUCCCUGUAAUGACUCAUCUCACAUGUGCAGCCUGCUGUGUUAUGAUUAUGACGAUUUGAAAAUUUUUCCCAAAUGAAUGACAAUCGGAAAAAGACUGUAAUGUGUAUAUCUGGAACUGCUGUAUAAUAUAUAUAUGUGUACAUCGAUGUAGAAAUAAAGCCAUUCAUAUCUGUCAA